AUGGAGAGGUAGAAAGUAUGAAAUGGGGUGGGCCUGUUGUCAUGGGGGAGGCGGUGGCGCUUGGUGGCUACUGGCGGCUGAGGUAGAGGCAGUGGCGCUGGAGUUGGUUGGGGGCUGCGGCAGAUUUGGAGCUUCAGCAACUACUUCUGGGGGGGGUCCAGUGUAGCUGCUGUUGCGACCCAAGAUCUUGAUUCACAUCCACAGAUUGGAAUAUUGGUGUACCAGUCAUCCUCAGACACCUCACUAAGGACAGAUGAGGAAACUGAGGCUUGGUGAAGUUACGAAACUUGUCCAAAGUCACACAGCUUGUAAAGGGCACAGCCAAGAUUCAGAGCCAGGUGUUCAGAAUGGUUUGAUCCCUAUCCAGCUGAAUUCCUGAGACCAGACGAAAUCCAGGUCUCCUACUCCUCUGCCAUCUUGCUCCGCCCCCCAGCCAAAGCAGUCUUGAAGAAGAAGAACAAAACUGAAGGUUGUAAAAAUUAAAAUGAACAAACUACGGCAAAGUUUUAGGAGAAAGAAAGAUGUUUAUGUUCCAGAGGCCAGUCGUCCACAUCAGUGGCAGACAGAUGAAGAAGGGGUUCGUACUGGAAAAUGUAGCUUCCCAGUUAAGUACCUUGGCCAUGUAGAAGUUGAUGAGUCAAGAGGAAUGCACAUCUGUGAAGAUGCUGUAAAAAGAUUGAAAGCUGAAAGGAAGUUCUUCAAAGGCUUCUUUGGAAAAACUGGAAAGAAAGCAGUUAAAGCAGUCCUGUGGGUAUCAGCAGAUGGACUUAGAGUUGUGGAUGAGAAAACUAAGGACCUCAUAGUUGACCAGACAAUAGAAAAAGUUUCUUUCUGUGCCCCAGAUAGGAACUUUGAUAGAGCCUUCUCUUACAUAUGCCGGGACGGCACUACUCGACGCUGGAUCUGUCAUUGCUUUAUGGCUGUCAAGGACACGGGUGAAAGAUUGAGUCAUGCAGUAGGCUGUGCUUUUGCGGCCUGUUUAGAACGGAAGCAGAAGCGGGAGAAGGAAUGUGGAGUGACUGCUACUUUUGAUGCCAGUCGGACCACUUUUACAAGAGAAGGAUCAUUCCGUGUCACAACAGCCACCGAGCAAGCAGAAAGAGAGGAGAUCAUGAAACAAAUCCAAGAUGCCAAGAAAGCUGAAACAAAUAAGACAAUUGUUGGAUCAUCGGCGGCCCCUGGCAAUACUGCCCCACCCCCGUCCUCUCCCACGUCUCCCACUUCGGAUGCCACUGCCUCCCUGGAGACGAGCAAUCCUCAUGCCAUCCCGCGUCGGCACGCACCCAUUGAACAGCUUGCUCGCCAAGGCUCGUUCCGAGGAUUUCCUGCUCUCAGCCAGAAGAUGUCACCCUUUAAACGCCAGCUAUCCCUGCGUAUCAACGAGUUGCCUUCCACUAUGCAGAGGAAGACUGAUUUCCCCAUAAAAAAUGCAGUGCCAGAAGUCGAAGGAGAGGCAGAGAGUAUCAGCUCUCUGUGCUCACAGAUCACCAAUGCCUUCAGCGCACCCGCCGAGGACCCCUUCUCAUCUGCCCCAAUGACCAAACCAGUGACGGUGAUGGCACCACAGUCUCCUGCCUUUCAAGUAUCGCACAUUGGCCUGACUGACCCAGCUCCAGGGGGUCGCCCGUCCACCCUGCAUGAAUUGACUCCAUCGAUGUUGUCUGCUCCCAUUGUAGCUAAUGGCACUGACUCAGCCUUCCAUGUGCUUGCUGCUAAGCCAGCCCAUACUGCUCUAGCACCCGUAGCAAUGCCUGUGCGUGAAACCAACCCCUGGGCCCAUGCCCCUGAUGCUGCUAACAAGGGAAUUGCAGCCACACAUUCGGGGACCGAGUGGGGUCAAUCUUCUGGUGCUGCAUCUCCAGGUCUCUUGCAGGCUGGUCACAGACGCACUCCCUCUGAGGCUGACCGCUGGUUAGAAGAGGUGUCCAAGAGCGUCCGGGCGCAGCAGCCCCAGGCCUCAGCUGCUCCUUUGCAGCCAGUUCUCCAGCCUCCUCCACCCACUGCCAUGACCCAGCCAGCGCCGCCUUUCCAAGGGAACGCAUUCCUCACCUCUCAGCCUGUGCCAGUGGGCAUGGUCCCACCCCUGCAGCCAGCCUUUGUCCCUGCCCAGUCCUAUCCUGUGGCCAAUGGGAUGCCCUAUCCAGCCCCUAAUGUGCCUGUGGUGGGCAUCACUCCCUCCCAGAUGGUAGCCAACGUGUUUGGCACUGCAGGCCACCCUCAGGCCGCCCACCCCCAUCAGUCUCCUAGCCUGGUCAAGCAGCAGACAUUCCCACAGUAUGAGACAAGCAGUGCUACUGCCAGUCCCUUCUUUAAGCCGCCUGCUCAGCACCUCAACGGUUCUGCAGCUUUCAAUGGUGUAGACGAUGGCAGGUUGGCCUCAGGAGAUAAGCACACAGAGGUUCCUGCAGGCACCUGCCCAGUGGAUCCUUUCGAAGCCCAGUGGGCUGCAUUAGAAAGCAAGUCCAAGCAGCGUACUAACCCCUCUCCCACCAAUCCUUUCUCCAGUGACUUACAGAAGACGUUUGAAAUUGAACUUUAAGCAGUCUCUAUGGCUUAUGUAUUUUGUCUGUACUUAGCAAGGGGGUCAAAGGAGCAAAGGGAACUUUGUGUUCCCAAUCAGUAUACUUUUCACCAAUCCCAAAGGUCCCAAGGCAUGUCCAGGCAGAGAGUGCUAGGAGAGGUGAUUUUGAAAAAAACGGAAAAAACAUUCCUAGAGAAGAGUUGUCUUGCAGUUAGGCUAAAGAAGUCAAGGAAAUGUUUCCCUCUGUCCCCCUCCUACUCCCUCAGCCCCUUACAAAUCUCUGGCAACAGAGAGGCAGAAAUAUCUGAACAGGAAUCUGUAUUCAAAGCACAUUUACUGGAAUUCAAAACACAAUGGAAGCAAAACAGUCUCCCUUUGUUUUUCAGGCCAUUCACCUGCCACCUCUCAGUACUGGCCUGUCUUAGAGAUCAAGAACAUGGUGGCCUGUGCUUGGGCUGGGGACGGGAGGCAGGCUAGGUCGCCAGAAUUCCCAGGAGAGCACAUCAGCAGCUGCCCAACAGAGCUAUAUUUUAGGGGCAAAGUUGAGCUUCCACUUUGAGUAAGAAUAAAUAUUAUAAAUAUAUAUAUCAAAAAAAAAAAGCCAAAAUCUUUAUUUUUAUGCAUUUAGAAUAUUUUAAAUAGUUCUCAAUAUUAAAAAGUUGUAUGAGUUGUAAGUAAUCUUGCCAAAGGUAAAAGGGUUAGCUGUAAGAAAUUGUACAUAAGAUUGAUUUAUCAGUGAUGCCUAUUGAAGCGGAGAGAGGAAAGGUUGGGAGUUGCAAACGGGGUCCCUAGCUUAUCUGGUAUCAUUCAUUCUAAGUAGCACAUUGCAGCAACAAUCAUGCAAAUGACCAAUACAGUCACUAGGUUGUAGUUUUAAAGAAAAUGAAAGAGCAGUAUUGUCCUGGUUUUAAACCUGUGAUGAAAUUCUAAUGUCAUUAUUUUAAUGGAAUCAAUCUAAAUACUCUAUAGAGAAUAUGCAUCUUCUUUCAUAUACUGCUGCAGUUUAUGUUAAUCCUCUACUUAACACUAAGGUGACAAUGACAGAAUCACAUCCCUCGAUGGGGAGCGCAGGCUACUGUGUUGGUUUGUCAUGUGGGUCUUGUUUUGUCCUUUAGGUUUUGUCCCCACGAGUUUUGUGGGGAUGGAGAUUCUAGUUUUAUUAGCUGUGUGUGCGUCUGUCCCCCCACGUGGUGAGCAGAACGUCCCGUUGCCAGUGGCGGCCUCUUGACCUCUGGUAACAAUGUGAGGUCCCAUCUCAUUCUUACUUUUGAACGUUGGCCUUACAAUCAAAUGUAAGUUAUAUAUAUUUGUACUGAUGAGAAUUUAUAAUCUGCUUUAACAAAAAUAAAUGUUCGUGGUAGAA